UCCCGUUUAUACAGCUGAUUCGAGAAGAAUACUUUUCAAGAAGAGCUAGAGCGGUCUCAUGGAAGGUCAUCUUCACCGAUGGCCUUCCUGGUCAAUCUUGGACUAGACUGUCCCGUUGAACGUGCCACGGCAGGUGAAGGAGACUUUUUUAUGCGGUAAACCAAAUACCCACUGACAGUUGGGAAGUUUACUGAACCUGAGCUUGUCCUCUUGACGACAUCCUUGUCAGAGACCGUUCUGGCAUCUCUUUAAGGGCUGGACCGAAGCCAAGGCUAUUUACAAGGCCUGCCAGGUUUAAUAACCACCCGAUGGCUACAAGAAGUAUUGCCAUCCUGGCUGGAUACUUUAAUACUUUUCUUACUGCAUAAUCAAAGAGCUCGUUCUUUGCCAGUUUACCUUGAGCAGUCCAACGCUCUCUGUCCACAAGAUGAGCAUAGGUGCCCUAGGGGUAGGGGACCUAUUUCACCUGCUCGAGUCUAACAAACUUGGGGAUGUUGAAGAGAUUAAGAAGGUCUUUCAUGAUCACUUCUUGUCGAUAAAGGACAGCUGGCUGGUGAAUGGGUUAUUUGAUUACUACCUGUCUACAAAUUCAUUGAGAGCAGUGGAAAUAUUAGCUGGUGUACGUGAGCCACAUGACAGACAUCUGCUGGAUCGUCUUACAGAGGCUCUUGCCAAAGGCGAUGAAAGUCAGAGAGUUAAAGCUCUUACUCUACUGGGCCAUGUGGCUCGACGGCAACCAACCUGGCUUUAUAAACUUGCCAGUCAUGCACUCUUUAGGGAACUCCUGAAGCUACUGAAGGUAGCAGGGGACAUGUUAUCACUAAUGAGUGCCCUAUUGCUUCUGGUCACUUUACUGCCCAUGCUGCCUGCAGCUCUUGGUCCUUAUUUACAAGAAAUCUUCGAGGUAUUUGGGCGUCUGGCGUCCUAUCACCAUCAUCAGUCGUCAUUCUUCUCGUCAUCUACAAGUCUGUCGUCAGUUUCUUGUUCCGGUAACAUGGACAAAGAUCAUCUCUAUCUCCUACACCUACAGGUGGGAUUGUACAACUUAUUUCAUAGACUAUACGCCAUGUACCCUUGCAAUUUCAUUGCAUAUUUGAGGCAGCAGUAUAUUCAGCGAGAUCAGCAUGCAACCUUCACGCAUACUGUAAGACCAAUGUUGGACUCGGUGCGCAUGCAUCCUCUUCUCGUGACUGCGUCUAAAGAUUCCGAAACCUCUGCAGCUAGAUGGAAGAAAAUGGAGCAUCACGACAUUGUAGCAGAAUGCGGCCGCUUCGCCCUGGACAGAUCAAAGGAGGAAACACCUAUAUCCAUGAACUCUCGCUUUACUCCGAUUCUAGAUCAUCCGGCUGCUUAUAUACCACUGAGUGGAUCAGGAGGGUUGUCAACGGCAGGACUGAGUAAUGGGGAAGAAGAAACAUUUUGGUCGCCAAGUAGGGCAAUUCCAUCUCACAGUCCACCUCCGUUACAAGCUCCUCCGCACGAGCCACGUUCUGCGCCAUCAACUCCGAACAAUAACAGGAGUGGCACGUCACCUCCAGAAGCUGCUGUGGAGGCAACACCUGAAACAACUCCGGUUAAGGAUUUAAGGCAGUUGUCCACGAGGCAACCUCCUCUUGGGUCUGCUGCAGUUCGUUCAUUAGGAAACUUUGGAAAUGGAAGCCUUGCUGGAAAUUCACGACCACCUACACCGACGCCCUUAAAUUCUUCCACAGGACUCUUUGUCAGUGGAGAUGUGGCCAUUAAUUCGCAGACUAUCCUAUCACAGAAAAUCGGCAAAAUGGUUGCCGAGAGACAGAGUUUCCUUCAGCAGACUCAGGUUACGAAUUCUAGUGAUAUGGAUGGAAGAAUUCUGGACAUAGAGCUUAAUCAGAAUGGAAAGAAUGAUUCCUGGCAGGAAGAUCAAGAGGUAUUGGAGAUUGUCAGCUCAGCUAGACUUGAAGUCCACUCUGAAGGUCGUCCUGAACAGUACGACGAGGAACGGGCACGUGGGGUAAUGGCUGAUUUGUCUACAAAGGUUCGAAGAUUCCGUUUCUACUCUCAAUGUCAGUCUACAGUACCGUGCCAAAUUGUACAUCCUAUAAGUGAGAUUCGCAGAGUGAAGUCUUGUCCAGAGAUCAAAAUUGAGAAUAAAUUGAAAGGUGGGAAUGGAGGAACACUUGUUGGCCUAAAAAGGACUGAGGAGGCUGGAACGCAGACAUGCGACCUGCUUCCCUAUGAACAUCUUUUCGUAGGAAUUUUCUCGCAAAGGACUUAUAGAACGGAGCAUCAAACUCCUAGACAGAGUUCCUAUUCUAGACUGUCACCAAGUUCCAUGGUAGAUCGUUAUGUGGAGAUGUGUUCUCGUGCUGGGGGUUUUUCUAGUGAAAGUAACAAAUCCAAAGUAGGAGUUUUAAAGCAGAAGCAAAGAAAGAAAGGCUCCGAGGAUGAUCCAGGUGAUGAUGCUGGAGAUGAGGAAGGCCUGAUCAUGGAUGGCGUUAAUCAACAGUUGCAGCUUAUGCAGAUGCAGCUGCAAUUCGAGCGACAACGACGAGAAGUUCAUGCGGAACGCAAUAGAAGACUUCUUGGUAGAUUGCGAGAUUCGCGAGCUCUCGAAGAACACAAUUCUGCUUUGACUGAUAUGUUACGAACGGCAGAGAAGGAAGUGGAUGCAUUGAAAAAUGAAUUGGAACGUAACAAGAGGGAAGCUCGAGCUGCUGAAGAGGAAUUUGCAGAAGCUCUUCGUCGUUGGCAAACAAAUUGCGUAGAAGAACAACAGCAAAGCAAAUUGUUAAGGGACCGUGUAGAGUCCUUGGAAUUGGAGAUUAAGGAAGAAAAAAAGAAAGUAGCUGCAGGCGAACGCCAGACCCAGGCUGCCGAAGCUGCCCUUUUCGAAGCAGCGCACCAGCUCAAAGAUGCUCUAAAGGCUGCGAAUCGUGGGGAAGAAUUAAAACGCACCCUCGACACUGUACAGAAAAGAUUUCUUCUUUUGGGCGAAGCACAGCUAAAGCUACAUGAACGUUCUGGCGGACCGACUCCAAUGGCGAGACAAGAAGCAGGACAGAUUCAAAGGGCUUACGCAGAGGAGUUAUCCAGCUUACGUCGGCAAUUGGAGUCGCGCGGUUCUCUCGUUGAAGCCUUGAGGUCUCGUCUAGGCGAAGUAGAAAUGCGCGAGGCUAGAAAGGAAGCACAGCUAAUCGAUCAGCAAAGACUUCUUCAAGAAGCAAAGGAGCGACACGAGGCAGAACUGCGUGCUGUAGAGUCCAAGUAUAAAGCCCAGGUCGAGAUAAAUCUUCUUUUGGAAGGUCGCAUACUUGAACUUCACGGGACUCUAGAAGCUGCAACCUGUAGUACUAGUUCAGCCAUGAUGAACCUGGCAUCAUCAGCGUCUCCAAAGGAACGUUCGCCACCUCUCUCGGCCAGUCUCGCUUCUUCCAGCGAGGGAAGUCUCGCCUUCCACACCGGAACUGGCAUCAUGAUGAAUGACUGUUGUGACUCUGCCGGUGAAAUUCCAAAUCUGCAGGCGAUCGUUGAACCCGCACCAAGCUUAGUGACAAGUCCAUCUCGUUCCAAUACACAAUCACAACAGCAGCAACGACAGUAUCAAAAAUCAGAAGAUUAGCGCCGCAUAAAAAAACAGUAACAAUUGUAUAUUGAUGAUCACGCCUUUCGCGCUCGACUGCUGUGACUGGUUUUUUGUUUCCUCAAUACCAUGCACGAGAACAAAUUAUUGUGCAGGUGUACAUUGCACCGGAAACAAUGGAGAAUAAUUCUUAGUAUCUUCUAAUCGAUAGAUUAUUUACGAUCCAUGGAAAAGAUAAUAAAAAGAGUAAAAAACAUUAAAGCUGCGUUCAGUUAAUUCUAAACACUGGGUACAUUAGAAGUAACUGAACUGCAACCUUAAUGUUGCAUGAUUACGGUCCAUGGAUGGAGAAACGGCAAAGGAGCUUUUGGAUCGUAAGCUUUUAUCAAGACGAUUUCACUCUGAAUAAAAGUUGAGAUAUUUUGUGAGCAAUCCUA